AGGAGCAGAGGGGAGGGGUCAGUGGAGGAGCUCCACUACGUCAUUUACAGAGAAAUGAAACUUACGGUAUUCACUCACAGCUCAGUUUGUCCAUUUGCAUAUAGAGACCGCAGAGCUGAGCAUCCCCAUCCAAGAAGAAAUGGCCUCAGCCAACAGUUUCCCAGCUGAAGAUCAGUUCCUGUGCUCCAUCUGUCUGGAUGUCUUCAGGGAGCCUGUUUCUAUUCCAUGUGGACACAACUUCUGCAAGGCCUGUAUCACCAGGCACUGGGAAGGCAAAAACCGGUGUCAGUGUCCACUGUGCAACGAGAAGUUCAACAAAGGGCUCAAACUCCGUGUCAACACCGGAUUCAAGGAGGUUGUGGAGAAUUUCAGGAAACGUCGUAUCAUAGCUAACAAUGAUGUCCCCGUCAAACCAGGUCAGGUACCAUGUGACUGCUGCUCUGGCAACAAGUUCAAAGCCUCUAAAACCUGUUUGGUGUGUUUGGCUUCUUUUUGUGAGACACACCUCGAGCCUCAUCAGAGAGUCGCUGCCUUAAAGAGGCACAAAUUGACUGAUCCUGUGCAGAACCUGGAGGACAAGAUAUGCAAAAAACACAACAGGAUGUUAGAGCUCUUCUGCAGGAAGGACCUGACUCGUGUUUGUGCCCUGUGUACAGAACACAGCACUCAUGAUAGAGUCCCAUUAGAGGAAGUGUAUGAAGAGAAGAAGGCUCAGCUGGAAGAGAAAAUGGUGGAAGUACAGGAGAUGAUACAAGAGCGACAAAAGAAGGUUCAGGAGAUAAAAGAAGCAGUGGACAGACAGAGAAAAAGCAAAGAUGAAGCAAUAGCAAAUAGUUUUCAGGUCUUCACUACUUUGGUGGUCUCAGUUGAAAGAAAUCUGUCUGGACUGGUGAACGUGAUUGAAGAGAAGCAGAAAGCAGCAGAUAGACAGGCUGAGGUGCUGGAGAAAGAGCUGCAGAGGGAAAUCAAUGAGCUGCAGAGGAGAAUCACUAACCUGGAGCACAUCUCACACACUGAAGACCACCUCCAGCUCAUCACUAGCUUCCUGUCCUUCUCCUCCACCUCCUCUCCACACAAAAACUGGUCUGACGUCGGUAUCAGUGGGCAGCACUGUGUUGAGGAUGUGAAGAGAGCUUUGGUGAAGCUGGAGGACACGCUCACCAAAGAAAUGGAGCGAGCCGCACAGGAAUUCAGGGUGUGCGCUGGUAAAAUCCUUGCUGAAGAAUCUGACACAGUGAAAAAAACACUAAGCACAGUCACAGAUCUAGAGACCCUGCCUGAAGGCGUGAAGUUGGACACUAUCCGGCAGCAGUAUGCAGUGGACAUGACAUUUGACCCACGCACAGCAAACGAUCUGCUCCUAUUUUCAGAAGAUUUCAAACAAGUGCACACUUCUCACAUUUGGUGGUUUGGAAAUGAUGUCCUGCACAAAUUCAACAGAUAUGCCUACGUCCUGGGAAAAAAAGGCUUUUCUGAAGGGAGAUUCUACUAUGAGGUUCAGGCCAAAAGGAAGACGGGCUGGGAUUUAGGAGUAGCCAGAGAGUCUCUGCUGGGGAAGAAGACAUUCACACCAAACCCCAGGAAUGGAGUCUGGAUCAUUAGACUGAGGAACAACACCAAAUGCACUGCUUUGAAUAACGCCCCUGUUAACCUCUCCUUGGUAAAGAAACCUGAGAGGGUCGGGGUGUUUGUAGAUUAUGAGAAGAGACUCGUGUCCUUCUAUGAUGUGGACACAGCGUCUCUGAUCUACUCUUUUACUGAUUGCAUGUUCAGUAAUAAAAUCUACCCAUUCUUUAGCCCUGGUCCUCCUGAGGAUGGUAUAAAUGGCGCACCUCUGGUCCUCUCACCUUGCAAAAAAUCAACCAUGUGGGAAAAUAUUUCAGAGUUUUUAUGGCUGAUCUUUACUCUCAUUGCUCUGGUUUUGAUUUCCCUAUAUUAAUCAGCUCUGCCCCCUCUUUCUUUUAAGGGGGCAGAGCUGAAAGAAAAUCUGGUGAAAUCGGAUUUUUGAUAAGCCCAGUUCCUGGGUAUUUUGGAAAACCAAGCCAUACAAACAAGUGUACAGACCUGUAGACUGAUCUCAGUUUAAUUGGAAAUAAUUGCCUUCUUCUUCUGUAAGUGCUUUUUGAUAUUUAUAGAACAUGAUGUUACACAGUUAUUUAUUUUUUUUACCUUGGCAUGUAUUUUUGUAAUUACACUUAUUGUGUACAUUUAACAAAAGCCUUUAAAAAAUCAAAUCAAAUAAAAUAAGUAUGUGUUUUUA